AUGCCGGGAUGCCCAAAACAGCAGCGCGGCCGGCGCCAACCCGCCUCCUGUGAAUCCGAGUAUCCGACCAUUUCUUUGCCGCAACUUGCAACCACCGCCUCCGCGGCGGCCGUCCAAUAUAUGCUCACGUCCAUGUCCCGGACGUUCCACUCACGAUCACGAUCACGAUCACGAUCACGAUCAUCAGGAAAGCAAGCACCCCACCCAGAAGUCAGAAUGCACUUGACGCUCAGCCCUGCGAGGACGACGAGGAGGAAGGCGGCCGCGGCGCCGACCGCGGCAGCACACGCGCGGUCCGCGAGCGAGCCGUGCCACCCGGCGCUCGCGCGCCUCCACGGCACCGUCCGCGCGCUCAGGGCGUGGUGCGGCGCCGGCGGAGCCUCCUCCUCCUCCGGCCACGGCCUCGCGCUCCUGGACGCCGUCCUGGCCGCGCUCGGCGACCUGCUGGCCACGCCGCGGGCAGCGGCGGCCCUCCACGACGCUGACCCCGACGACGACCAGGUCCUCGACGGCCUCCUCGUGCUCGCGGACGCGUACGGCACGUUCGAGUCGGCGCUGCUCGCGGCGAAGCAGAGCGUGGCGGACGCGCAGGCCGGCGCCCGACGCGGGGACGGCACGGUGGUCGCCGCGUCGCUGCGCGCGCACAGGCGGACCGAGAAGGAGCUGCACCGCCUCGCCGCCGCGAUGCGGCACGCCUCGACCUCGAGGCGCGCGGCGCCGGCGCCCAGCUCAGCGGACGCCACCGACACUGAAGUGGUCGGCGCGGUGGCGGAGGCGGCCGUGGCCGCGGCGGAGGCCUCGGCGGUCGUCUUCUCCGGGUGCGCGGCCUUGUCGCCGAACGUGUCGGCCAUGGUACAAACGGCGUCUUCGGCUUCGCACAGGUGGCUGGCGAGGCUGGGCGUCGCACCAGGGGCCAGGAAAGUAGCGCCGGAGAUGGCGCCAACGGCAUUGCAGAGGCUGGAGGAGCUAGAGGAACGCAUUGCCGGGCUGGAGAGCGAAAGCGAGAAGGUGUUCAGGAGGCUGCUGCAGGCCAGAGUUCUGCUCCUCAACAUCCAUAAUCCUUUGUAA